GGAGCCCAGUCCCGGGGCAGCCUCUUCUGUACUGCCUGGGCUGCUCGGCUGUCUCAGCGUUUCCUGGUCCCCCAGUCGGCGGCAACACGGUGCAAGACUCCCUCCUGGGACGGUGCAAGGCUCUCGGCAGGCGUGGGGGGAGGAGGCUGCCCCUCCACGCCCCUGAAGAGAGUGGUGGGCACUUGGCAACAGCGCCCUCCAAAGGAAUCUUUUCCCAACUCCUUCUCUCUUCUCCGGAUCUUACAGACUCUUCCGUGUUCUCAAGCCGCGGGUUGUGCUCAAGGAUCAUAGAACCAGCUUUAUGAUAUUUCCCUUGUGAAUUCUGCACGUUGUGAACUUGCCCACACUCGGCCAUGCCUGGGCCUCGGGGGAGACUGAGGCAGGAGAAGUCGCAUCUAACAGGGACCAGCUUCUCUGCUACCUCCGCCACCUGUGAGAAUGGGAGAGUAUCAAGAAGAUCAACUGUAUAUCUCAAGCCUGAGAAGCCAACUGGGGCCAACCAAGAUUCAGAACCUCUACUGCCUGAUACCAACAUCAUCAGGGAUGAACUUUUCUUACCAGAUACUUCUCUGCUCCUGACACACAUCUCCCCAGAAGAGAAGAGAGGGAGGGGCCGCUGUGAUCCUGCUGAAGCCUUCUCCAGGCAGCCUCCUCUGGAUGCUGUGGCGGGGCUGACAUUCCACGGCAGCGCGGAGCCGGUGAUCGCGGAGCACGGGGACAUGGCUUUGCUCAGCAACAUCCUGGCGGCCUAUUCCUUUGUCUCAGAAAAUCCCGAGCGAGCAGCUCUGUACUUCGUCUCAGGCGUGUGCAUCGGGCUGGUCCUCACCCUGGCUGCCUUGGUGGUGAGGAUCUCCUGCCGCACAGACUGCCGGCGGCGACCCCGGAAGAAGUUCCUGCACGAGCAAGAGAGCAGCAGCAGUGACAGCAGCGACAGCGAGGAUGGCAGCUCGGACACGGCAUCGGACAUCUCUGUCAGGAGACACCGCCGCUUCGAGAGGACUUUGAACAAGAACGUCUUCACCUCGGCGGAGGAGCUGGAGCGAGCCCAAAGGCUGGAGGAGCGCGAGCGCAUCAUCCGAGAGAUCUGGAUGAACGGCCAGCCCGAGGUUCCAGGGACCAGGAGCCUGAACCGCUACUACUAGGGGCAGGAGCAGGAACCCGCACACCCCUGGAAGCCGCCUGCAAGGGAAAGUGUCUGCAGGGAGGGUGGGCACAAAGGGCUGAAGGCAGUUGUGCUACUGUUCCAAAGGCAGAGAUAAAGCAGGACACGCCCAUUUUCUAGCCAGGAGGACUGAUAUCUCCUUUUUAACUAAAUUUAUGGAGAAGUAGAAAAACCAAGUCGAUUCAUCAACCUUUCUAGGUCUCGGAAUGGUGCUGAAAACCCCUCUCCAACAAGGUGCAUGGAGAUUAGAGAAACGGGACUUUGGUUUCUCUUGAUUUCUGAGGAUCUCAGAAAUUUCUGCAGACUUGCUUGCUAUGCGUUAUUCUUUUACAAAAGGAAAGAUUAUCGUAGCAUGCGGGCCAGGAAUAGCAGGGUGAGCUUAACCCAGUAAAUGCAAUUUCCUAAAUGACUCUGUGCUGUGGAGGUGAUUCUGAUCCAGACAGCAUGAUCCAUACUUAACUAUUUAAGGCUGAUUUUUUAAAUCUCAUGUUGUAAUGGCAACCUCGUCCAUUUUAACUGGCACCUCAGGGAUCAAAAUCCUAUUUUUUAGUAUAGUUCCCACCUCAUUCAUGAAAAUGAAUCCAAUUAUUGUAUUAUGGGAGAUGUGUCAGUGAACUAAAAAAAUGUCAAUAACCUCAAAGGAUGAAGGGUUUUAUUUUAAAUAGUUUAUAAAAUAUAUAUUAACAUGCAUAUUUGAAAAUGCUGCAUAAGAAUAAAAGCUGUGGGUCCCCCGUCCCUUUUUUCUGGAGAGAGCAAAGUUUUGUUGUGACUUGAGAUAAUCAUGAUUUUAAACAUUUUGUUAAAAAAAAAAGUUGGACUUCCAAGAAAAGAAUGGGAAUGAGAGGUGAGGAGUAAAAACAAAAUUAAGAUGGGAUAAAAAAUAAAUGUUACAAAAAAUC